AUGGCCGUUAUGGACCCCCUCAGUCCUCCUGGCAUCGCCGACGAGAGCGCUGCUGCUGCUGCGCCCAAUGGUGAGGCGAGUGGAGGAUUGCCCUCUGCUCCCACUAGUCACCCUCAGGCCGUGACUCCGGCGGGUGCUUCCACCGUUCCAGGACAUCAACUCUCCCUGCCUAUCGCCGACCAGGCCCCCGCUGCUCCUGUUGGCGAGUUCAAGCCUACUCCUGCCAUUGACCUUCUACGCGCUGCCAUAAUGGAUCGAUUCAAGAAUCGUGCUGGCCCUGUCGCUGGCCCUGCCAAGGACCUAUCAAGUGCUGCGUCGACCUCUGGCAGCUCAACCAAUGCUCAGGGUUCGAAGCGUCAGCUUGGCCCGAGCCCGGAGAAAGGCUCCGGCCAAGAACGCUUUCGCCACAUGCUGAAGGGCACGGUAAACCUCGCUGCCAACGCUGCCAACAAGAAGAACGACAAGGAUAAGGAGAACAUCAACAAGGACACCAUGGCUACUGCCAGAGUCUCGUCUGAUGCCACCUCGCGCCACCCCGGCCCUGGUCUCACUGGUGGCUUCAUUGUUCCCACAGCCACUCAAUUCGCCCAGAGUCCCUAUUCUCUCCCGCUCCAGGGUGGGCUGGGUGCAUAUCCCAGUGGGAUAAACAUCGGCCACCCAACCACCCUGCCGGCUGCAAGCAAGACCGCACAGAUUGCAUCACCUCAGGUUAAGACAGAGCGCGACCGUGAGCGUGAGCGUGAGCGAAACCGUGGUAGAGGCGAUGGCCGACGCGAUGACCGACGUGAUGACCGACGCGAUGACCGACGCGAUAACAGAGGUGGUGCCAGAGGAGAAGCCGGCAGACACAAUGUGCAGAACGCGGCUGGUAGGCUGAGCCUCGCGUGCCAGUUGCGCCGUUUCAAUCCGAAGUUCCGCGAGUGGGUUACCAGAGACGGCUUCCACCAAUGCUCCGUUGACUUAAUGGGUCGCGUGCUUCAAGAUCCCAAUGGCAAAUUCGACACUGCCUUGGAAGCCAAAGAAUCGAUUGCCGAGAAGGCCAUUAGCGAGAUUCGCACCUGGCCAUGCUCGGAUCCUCCUCCCGGAGCAGCAGUGAAAGCCGCAAGAGGGGAUCUGGUCGCUUAUGACUCAGCCCGUGGCGGCAAUGAGCCCGGGGUCAAGAAGGAGGGCUCGGCCACCCCGCACCAAGCUGGCGGUGGUCGGCUCGAUCGCUAUUCUGGCGGUGGUCGACCUGACCACUACUCCGGCACUCCUUUCGUUGGCGGUGGUCGGGUUGACCACUAUUCCGGCGCUCCUCUCGUGACCCACCCGGGCCAGGGAAACCCGGGUGUGGUACACCCGUACACUGGAUACGAUCGAGGAGAGGAACAGAAAUCACUUAUUGCCCGCAUCCAAGUGCUUUAUGGCCAAUCUAACGGACCUAGCCUGCUCACCAUGGCAGAUCCCUUGGAAGCGAAGGCAUUCCUGGAGGGAUUUGCCUUGGGCGGUCGCCUUCAGGAGGCAUCGCAUCGCUCUCACACCGAGCCUGUCGAGGCCACCUCCUACACGUACUACCAGCAACGUGAGCGUUCCCCUGCGCCGGCCACCAGCCGGAACUAUCGGGAGCGUUCGCCUGCCGGACGUCGGGGUUAG